CUCAGCUCCGCGGUAAUGGAGGCUGAGGAUGAGUGCUGACGGGGCCGGGCUCUGGUUCUAGCUCUAGCUCUGUCUCUGACUUGGGGGUCUAGGUUUGGGUCUGGGUUUAGCGGCCUGAGGCCUGGACGCCCUUUUUCAGCCCUUCAGGCGGGGACGGCCUGCAUACAAGCAGUUGGUUUGGAGAGCUUUAACGCGGGGAGCUAGUUAUCUUGCCUGGGGUCCAGUCUUUAAAGCCACCUCCUCCUCCCAGGGAUCCCGCCCCACCGGCCGGGCCUCCUCCAUGCAGUUUAAACAGGUUGACAACCAUUAACCGGGGUUGCAACUACAGGUGGCACUGGAAGCAGACUGGUUCCCGGACAUGCCCGGUGGAAGGAGGGGCCCUAGUCGGCAGCAGCUAAGCCGUUCAGCUUUACCUUCUUUACAGACUCUGGUUGGUGGGAGCUGUGGCAAUGGAACAGGCUUGAGAAACAGGAAUGGUAGCGCUAUUGGCCUUCCAGUUCCACCUAUCACAGCCUUAAUCACCCCAGGUCCUGUUCGUCAUUGCCAAAUUCCUGACUUGCCUGUGGAUGGGAGCCUGCUUUUUGAAUUUCUUUUCUUCAUCUACCUGUUGGUUGCUCUGUUCAUUCAGUACAUCAACAUCUAUAAAACUGUGUGGUGGUAUCCUUAUAAUCAUCCUGCCUCUUGUACUUCACUGAAUUUUCAUCUCAUUGAUUAUCACCUGGCAGCGUUCAUCACCGUGAUGCUCGCAAGGAGGCUUGUGUGGGCCCUCAUUUCAGAGGCCACAAAGGCGGGUGCAGCAUCUAUGAUUCAUUACAUGGUUCUGAUAUCAGCUCGCUUGGUGCUUCUCACUUUGUGUGGAUGGGUACUUUGUUGGACCCUAGUCAAUCUCUUUCGAAGCCAUUCAGUACUUAAUCUCCUCUUCCUUGGCUACCCGUUUGGUGUUUAUGUUCCUCUCUGUUGUUUCCACCAAGAUAGUAGAGCUCAUCUUCUUCUCACAGACUAUAACUAUGUGGUACAGCAUCAGGCGGUAGAAGAAAGUGCCUCAACUGUGGGUGGCUUGGCCAAAUCCAAAGACUUCCUCUCCUUAUUGCUGGAGUCUCUAAAAGAACAAUUUAAUAAUGCCACGCCCAUCCCCACCCACAGCUGCCCCCUAUCUCCAGACCUCAUUCGCAAUGAGGUAGAAUGUCUGAAAGCAGAUUUCAACCACAGAAUCAAAGAAGUUCUCUUCAACUCCCUCUUCAGUGCCUACUAUGUUGCAUUUCUCCCCCUGUGUUUUGUGAAGAGUACCCAGUACUAUGACAUGCGCUGGUCAUGCGAACACCUCAUUAUGGUGUGGAUCAAUGCUUUUGUCAUGCUUACCACGCAGUUGCUGCCAUCAAAAUACUGUGAUUUGCUACAUAAAUCAGCUGCUCACCUGGGCAAGUGGCAGAAGCUAGAACAUGGGUCCUACAGCAAUGCUCCACAGCACAUUUGGUCAGAAAAUACAAUAUGGCCUCAAGGGGUGCUGGUGCGGCAUAGCAGAUGUUUAUAUAGAGCCAUGGGGCCUUACAACGUGGCAGUGCCUUCAGAUGUAUCCCAUGCCCGCUUUUAUUUCCUGUUUCAUCGUCCAUUAAGGCUGUUAAAUCUACUAAUCCUUAUUGAGGGCAGUGUUGUCUUCUACCAGCUCUAUUCCUUGCUCCGGUCCGAGAAGUGGAAUCACACACUUUCCAUGGCUCUCAUCCUCUUCUGCAACUACUAUGUUUUAUUUAAGCUCCUUCGGGACAGAAUAGUAUUAGGCAGGGCAUACUCCUACCCACUCAGCAGUUAUGAACUUAAGGCAAACUAAGCUGCCUCUCAACAGUGAGGGAGAACUCAGAUAAAAAAUAUUUUCAUACGUUCUAUUUUUUUCUUGCGAUUUUUAUAAAUAUUUAAGAUAUUUUAUAUUUUGUAUACUAUUAUGUUUUGAAAGUCGGGAAGGGUAAGGGAUAUUAAAUGUAUCCAUAAACAAGGUGAUGUGAUCUUUCAUGUGUUAGUAUAUUUGCAUAAUACACAUGUGAGAGGUAUGCCUCUCUAGUAAAAAGAUUGAUUUGUAUGACUGUGGAAUAACUCAUUCAUUUUGAACACUUUUCAUAUGUCACUUGAUGUGAUGUGGUACCUUUGUGUGUCUGCUUUCCUUCCAGUGCUUUUCAUUUUCUUUAGUUCCUAGUUGGCCACUAAUUAUUGCUACAGAAAAGGGGAGGAGGGGAGGUGCCUUCUAGCACCCAAUCUCGCUGAAUUCAGCUGGCUGAUAUUGCUAGAAUAACUAUGGAAGAGAGUAGGUUCAAGUCCUGGGUGGGGUUCGCUUUGUGACUCUUCUGGGUUGGGGUCUCAGCUGAUCUUUUCUACCCUGUGAUAUUUAAAGAUACUUUUGAAUCAGCUAUUCCAAGACUCAGGGUUUUGCUGUCACUUUUCCUGUUCUUUCACUUCUUUUGCUUCCAAAGAUUUUCCUUUUACUUGUUUGAAAUAAUACUUUUAAAAGCUAGAUUCUAUAGAGUGCCCAUGCUCAUGAGGAAGAUGACAAAUGUAAAUGCCAUAUAGGCAUCUAGAGUAUGGGCAGGUUGAAAAUACCAGGUAAUUGGAAGAAUGGCAAGUCCUUAGCUAAACAGUCUUGGAAUGCAGUCUUGCAGCAACCCAUUUACAAUGGCAUUAUGUCUGGAGUUAUGAAGGGAAGUGAAAUACAAGAAGUUACUGCUUUGUCCUCAGAGAAUUUGAUCUAUAUCCAAAAUGUGUAUUUUAAAUUUCAUAUUCAAAGGUUGGGGAUGUAGCUCAGUGGUAGAGUGCUUGUCCAGCAUGCACAAGGCCCUGGGUUCAAUCCCUUCACUGCAAAAUAAAUAAAUGAAUGAAUGAAUAAAUAAAUAACAUACUGCAGAACUUUCAUAUUUGAGCAUUAACCCUUUAAGUCAAUACCUCCUGUGUUCUUGGGAGACAAUAUACUUAGUCCAUUGAUAUUUUAAUUAGUCAUAUAAACUUCUGAGGCCUUGUUUUGGAAAACUUAAAAUUAGCAUGUUAUGUGUUUUUUGUGUUGGUUUUGGUUUUUUUAUACUGAUGCUUUUCGUGAUACAAAAUAAGA